AUGCCAGGAGGAACGGCCAGGCUCUGCGGAUGGACGCUUUGGGCCCUGGUGGUCUGGAUGGGGGGACCCCCGGCUUCCGCCCUGCACCAUCGGUACCUCUGGAAGAACUGCCUCCCCUGCUACGGGGGGCAGGUGGGCUACGGCGGCGUGGGACGCUUGGACAGCAGGCCAGAUGUUGACGAGUGCCAAACUCACAACGGGGGCUGCCAGCACAGAUGUGUCAACACCCCGGGGAGCUAUCACUGCGAGUGCAAGACGAGCUUUCGUCUCCACGCGGACGGCCGGACGUGUCUCCCUGGCAACCCCUGUGCCAUCAACAACGGAGGGUGUGAACACGAUUGCGUGCAGCUCAGCUUUUUGCAGCACCGGUGCCAAUGCCGGCCCAAUUACCAGCUGAAAGAGGACGGAAGACACUGCGUGGUGAGGAAUCCAUGCGCCACCCAGAACGGAGCCUGCAUGCACAAAUGCCACAACCACAAUGGGGUGGCGCGCUGCGAAUGCCACCCUGGCUACCGACUGGGGCCGGAUCGCAAAACCUGCCAAGAUAUAGACGAAUGCGUGACGGGGAUGGCGAUGUGUGCGCACCAAUGUCUGAACACUCACGGCUCCUACAAAUGUUUGUGCAGCCUUGGCUACGAACUCGGAGUGGAAGGCAAGCAGUGUUACCGGAUAGAGAUGGAAAUCGUGAACAGCUGCGAAACCCACAACGGGGGCUGUUCCCACUUGUGCCAUCACACCAGCGCCGGCCCGGCCUGCGGCUGCAACUUCGGAUACAACCUGGAUGAAGACCAAAAGACUUGCGUCGAUACCGAUGAAUGCAGCGCGGGCUCACACUGCUGCCAACAAGGGUGUUACAAUUAUCCCGGCGGAUACGAGUGUGUUUGUUAUGCAGGCUAUCAGCUCAACCCCGCAGGCUGCAGUUGCGACGACCUGGACGAGUGUUCGGCCAAUAACGGCGGCUGCGAACACUUUUGUCGGAAUCUGGCGGGCUCCUUUCUCUGCAGCUGCCGGAUCGGGUUCAAGCUCGGCGAAGAUCGUAGAAGCUGCCUCUCCCUGGAGGAGCCCACGGAGGCCGUGGAUGGACGGCGACCGGUGAUCCGUCCCCUCCCCCACGUGGCUCUUUUCCAGGAGGAGCUCAGCCGGCUUUUUGAGGAAGACUACGAGGAUGAAGAGGGAGAGGGGGCCGAGGCCAGAGGGGAACACACCGUCUCGGAGACAUUCAUCUGCCUGGACGACACCUUCGGCCCCGACUGCAGCCUCUCGUGCGAAAGAUGCCAGAACGGCGGCCGGUGCAACCAGCACCGGACCGGCUGCAUCUGUGCCGAUGGAUGGAGGGGUCUGCUGUGCAACGAAACCUGCCCCAACGGGACCUUUGGGAAGAACUGCAGCUCCACCUGCCCCUGUCAAAAUGGAGGCAGCUGCCAUCCGGUGACGGGCGCCUGCCGCUGCCCCCCCGAAGCCAGUGGGGACCUCUGCGAAGAUGUCUGUCCGAGGGGAUUUUUUGGGAAAAACUGCGGGAAAAAAUGCCACUGCGCCAACCGGGGACGAUGCCACCGGGUUUUCGGCACCUGUCUCUGCGAUCCGGGACGCUACGGCCGCUUUUGCCACCUAGCUUGCCCAAAGUGGGCAUACGGGACCGGCUGUUCGGGGGAGUGCCGCUGCGUGCAAGCCAACACACAGCACUGCGACAAGCGAGACGGCGCUUGUGUGUGCAAGCCUGGGUAUCGCGGGGACAGGUGCCAAGCGAUGUGUGACCCAGGCCGUUUCGGGCCAGGCUGCAGGCACAAGUGUGGGUGUCCCUCUGGCGUGGCCUGUGACCCCGUGGGCGGAGAAUGUCCCCAGCAGUGUCCAGAGGGCUACUAUGGAGAGAAGUGCCAGCAAGAGUGCCCUGAAGGGAAAUUUGGAGUGAAUUGUCUUCACUCCUGCUCUUGUAAUGGUUCUCCUUGCAGUCGGUCCACUGGGGAAUGCCGUUGCGUAACUGGGAAAACUGGGAAGUCUUGUGAACAAGGAUGUCCUGAAGGCCACUGGGGAGAUGGCUGCCAACAACUUUGUCCAGAAUGCCAGAAUAAGGGCCGUUGUGACCCCAUCACUGGUGCCUGCUUGUGUCCCUCUGGAUACACAGGGAACCGUUGUGAAGAGGUCUGUCCACCGGGCUGGUUUGGGCAAGGAUGCCAACUCCAGUGUAACUGUGACAACGAAGGCGAUUGCGAUCCCCAAACAGGGAAGUGUAGCUGUGCCCCUGGAUGGACCGGCUAUCGCUGCCAAAGAGCCUGCGAGCCAGGACACUGGGGUCCGGACUGCACCCACCCCUGCAACUGCUCCGGGGCGGAGGGAAGCUGCAACCCGGUGACCGGGCAGUGCCUUUGCGAAGCCGGCUACGUCGGCCUGCGUUGCGAUCAGAAGUGCCCCGAAGGCUGGUUCGGUCCCCAUUGCCAGGGGAGAUGCCAGUGCCACCACCGAGGAGCCUGCGACCACGUCAGCGGCACCUGCACUUGCGCCCCGGGCUGGAGAGGAACAUUUUGCGAGCGGGCUUGUCCCGAUGGCUUUUACGGGCUGGACUGCCGGCAUGGAUGCCGCUGCCUCAACGGAGCCCGUUGUGAUGCUGUGACGGGCCAUUGCCGCUGCGCCGCGGGCUGGAUCGGACCACACUGCCAACAGAGUUGCCCGGCUCUCCGCUACGGCGAGAACUGCAGCCAGGAGUGCCGCUGCGCCCACGGAGCCUCCUGCCACCCCGUCACGGGGCGAUGCCUCUGCGCACCAGGGUGGGUUGGUGCCACGUGCCAGCAAGGCUGUCCGCCGGGAUUUUACGGGUCCGGCUGCCAGCAGGAAUGCCUCUGCCAAAACGGCGGAAUCUGCGAUCCGGUUUCUGGCCGCUGCGUCUGUCCGGAAGGCUGGAUGGGGCUGGCUUGUGAGCUGGAGUGUGUCGAAGGAAAACAUGGGCUGGGCUGCCGAGGGAGUUGCGACUGUGUAAAUGGAGGCCGGUGUGACGGGAAGAGUGGGCGUUGCCUUUGCCGUGAUGGCUGGACCGGUGAAAAGUGCCAGGAAGCCUGCCCCGAAGGGACGUACGGGAAAGGCUGCCGGGAUACGUGCGAGUGUGAACAUGGGGUCUUGUGCGAUCCUGUCACGGGGGCUUGUGAAUGCCCACCCGGAUGGCGCGGAUCCCGUUGCGAGAAAGCCUGCCUGCCCGGUUCGUUUGGGAAGGGCUGCACCACGAAGUGUGACUGUCCCUCGGGCUCUCCUUGCAACCACAUCACCGGCCGCUGCCGCUGCCCGCCGGGAUUCACGGGCCACGGAUGCGAGAAGCCCUGCACCCCUGGCACCUUUGGACCCGAGUGCACCCACGUUUGCCGGUGCGCGGGUGCGAAUCACGACUGCCACCCGGUGACUGGGAGGUGCCUCUGUGCCCCGGGGUACCACGGCAGCGGCUGCAAGCAGAAGUGCCCAUCGGGACGCUACGGGCCGAAUUGCGAGAGGGUGUGUCAGUGUAAGAACGGCGCUCAGUGUGCGCCCACCACAGGGGCCUGCCGGUGUCCGGCUGGCUAUAUCGGAGCCGACUGCAACAUAGCUUGUCCAAGGGGACGCUACGGGCCCGACUGUGUCCUUCCGUGUCCGUGUGGCGAAAACGUCCCUUGCCACCCUGUGUCCGGUUCCUGCUUUUGUCCGCCUGGCAAGUCCGGUCCCAGAUGCGAAAACGGCUGCCCCGCCAAUCGUUACGGGUUCAAAUGCAGCCAGAUCUGCGCUUGUCAAAAUGGGGCCAUCUGCCUCCCAGAAGACGGAUCCUGCCUCUGCGGGCUCGGCUGGACCGGAGCCUGGUGCGAAAAAGGGUGCCCUCCAGGGAAAUAUGGGGCCAACUGUCAGCUGAACUGCACUUGCCAAAGCGAUGGGAUUUGUGAUCCGGUCACGGGAAUCUGCCAGUGCGAGAAAGGCCGUUAUGGGAACCGAUGCGAGCACACCUGUCCAUCGGGAUUCCACGGGAUCGGAUGCCAAGAUCAAUGCAGCUGCCAAAACGGAGCCUCGUGCGAUCCGGGAUCCGGGGAAUGUCUUUGCCCUCCGGGGUUUCACGGCCGCUACUGUGAAAAAGGCUGCGACGCAGGGAGAUACGGGGAAAAAUGCCAACGGGUGUGUGAUUGCGAAGGCGAAGCCCCGUGCGAGCCCUCCACCGGCCGUUGUCUGUGCCCUCCAGGGAAAACGGGAGCCAAGUGUGACACUGGUUUGGCUCCAGAGAAGGUUACAAAGACGCUGUAA